AUGGCGGCCGUGGCUGCGGAGCCAGGAGCUGAUGCAGCAUCAACAACAACAGCGGGGGACGGUGGUGAGCGCGAACCGGUGCCAGCUGUGCCGGGGGCCAAACUCGACUCCGAUGCAACGCAGGAGUACGUGCCAGUAAUGGACCUUGUUCACCAACUCAAGGAUGGAGAUGCAGUUCAGGAAUGCAGCCAGGUCCAAAUGGAGGUAGUGAGCAGGCCAGACCAAGCCGCGGGAAAAGCCCUCGCUGCUUGUGCAGAGGAUGAACACAUCGAUACAGGCUGUCUCAGGGUCGCCGUAGAAAAUACCGAGAACCAUGCUCGCGAGGGCUAUGGUUCGAAAUACACCAUGUCGAGGGCAGAACGUUUGAAACAGUUUUUUUCGCCGAAUGUUGAUCCUGCAAACGAGGUCAGUAAGCACGAGCCCUACGCCUGCCAUCAGAAUAGCUCCAUCUCCGAUUCACAGCCAUCGGUGAUCUUUUUGCAUUCGUUCCCUGCGCAUCCUGUGGCUACGGAGGCUGGGCUGUCGUUGGCAGAACCAGCAGAGCCCAUGAUCGAUUACUAUCAAAACACAGAAUUAACCCAACCUACUAUUAUCGAGUGUGACUAUAGAGCUUUAAUCAAACCGUCUCACGAGACUGAACUGGAGCCCGAACCCGCAGAUGAUGCUCCUUCUAGUACCGAGUACAAGGCUGAGUCUUUGGAAGAUGGCUUUCUUGAACAUCCCCAGGACAUAGACCAUGUCGAGACUCUGCCAGUUCUAGAGACAGAGACACUCCUUGGAACACCCAUGGAGACUGGAUACAUUUGUGACUUUUCGAGCAUCACAACCCAGAACUCUCCGAGUCCCGAGCUUCCUGUAAUGGCAGUGGGUCAGGUUCCCUCCUCAGCAGAACUUGGGGACUGGUGCUCACCACAGCGGAGUUUGGAAACAAACUUCCACGAGAGCGAGACAGUAAUGAAACCCAGUCCCCCCAUGUCCGUUGCUGAAACUGAGGAGGUACAGCCCGAGUCAGUGGACAACCUGAUACUUGGUUCCGAAGUUCGAGUAUCUCUGGAUCACAUCAUCGACGACGCACUGGUGGUGUCCUUUCGGUUGGGCGAGAAGAUCUUCUCAGGGGUUCUGAUGGACCUCUCUAAAAGGUAUAUUAUGAUCCUUCUCAGAAAUGUCUCUUAUAUUUAGUUUUUUACCACAUUUGUUUUUCUAUGUCACUUCCUGACACUUUUUCUGUCCCUUAGCUUACUUCUGGAAACACACCACUGAUUUUUGUUUACUACUGAUAUCCACUGCACAAUAUGCACAUACAAUAUUACACUACAAUUCACACCUGAAAGAUGUGGUGCUUCCUCAUUCCGACUUGUCAGCUGUCAACAAAGGAAACAGACCUUGUGCUUUGCAAACCCCUGCCCCAUCCUUCUGACCUAAACCGACAGUUUUCUACUCUUGCCAGGGGUCGAGGGGUCAAGCUCCGUAGUUUGACAACUCAUCACAAAAAUACAGAGGAACUGCUCUUAUCCCCAAUUAUGUGAGCAGUGCUUUCGGUUUCAGUCUUUUCAGUUUACAAAACUAAACUUUGUUUCUAUUUAAGAAGUCCAGGUAUAUCAGAGGUCAGCUGAAGAGGGUGAUCACAGGCUCAGUCUGUAGUGUAAGGUCAGACUUAGAGAAUGAUGCAGUUGGUAGGGUAGUUGGUGGCUAUGCCACUAUCAACAACCCCUUUCGGAUUCUAUUUUAUAUCCUCCUUGUAAUUUGUCUCCCGUCUCAUCAACACCUUUCCUCCAUCCCUCCCUUCUCUCACAUUAUCAUCUGCAGGUCUAUAUUUUGGUUCAUAAUUAAACUUGCUGAUAUGCCUGGGAACUAUGUUGAAUAUCUUCAUUAUGUUUAGCAAAGAUGACAUCAGCACACACAAAACUUUACCAAACUAUCAAAAAGGAAAUCAACACCUUGUUGUGUUUUAGUUUCCCUCACAAGCUGCUUACAGCUCAUUAUGGAGUUGCUCUUCAGGACUUCAUAUAAUAUCAGGGUAUUCUUCUGGUGUUAUACCAUAUACGCUAUUAAUACAUGGCAGGAUUUGCUAUAACUUGGAAGCCACAUUAGUGUAAGUUGCUAUGAUAAGAUCCUGAGCAGCAGUCAUCCCAAAGACAAUGGCCAGUUCAUUGCAAUGACAAGAUGGAGGCCACUCAAACCUUACUGCUUCAUUUUCUAUAGUACUGUAGAUAAUCAACAUCAUCCCCUCUCUACAAACAAAAUACUCAAUUUUUAGAUCGUCAUUGUUGAGUCUAAGGGAUCGGUUUAUGGCUUUUGUUUUCCAACAGUCCCCUGAGUGCAGGCCUUGUCCCUGUGAUUGGCCAGAGUCUGUUCCAUAGCAUAGGUCAUAUGGAAUCAUUGUUUUUCCCAUUGGAUGUGUGCUCAAGAUGAGAAAUGAGUCUUUGUCUUUGGUUUAGACUAACUCGCCUAUAGACGUCGACCUGGUCCUAAAAUAACAUCGACUCUACCCGUCCCCUACUAAGGCACUUGUGUAUGUAUCUGGAAAGAUGGGUAUUAGCAACAAUAUGGUGGAAAUUCCACCCACCUAUCCUAUCAGAGGGAAAGUUGGAGCUGCUACCAUAUUGUAUAUUUAUCAAAUUGUUUCAAAUCUAUGAAGUGCCAAGGGGGUAGGGGCUAGCUGUUGUUUCUGGCCCAGGCCGACUUUUUGCCUAGCUGACGGUCACCUGGUGUUGAUGAGGAAGGAAAAGAUGGUGGUUGUGUGUUAAUGAAAGGUGAUGGUUGAUAAGGAGGCUGCUGUGAAAAGCUGUGAUGGAAAGGCAAGGCAGUGGUGAGAAAAGGCAUGUUCCUCUCUUGCUGUUGGCUGUUUCAUUCAUUGUGAUCAGAGUGAGACACUCACUAAUCCUUAACUCUCCAGUGCAAUUUUACACUUGGUUUUGGUUGUCACAGAGGAAUCUGCAUCUUCGGCGGUUUCAAUUAUGUUUAUAAGUAGCAAUGGAGGGGCUCAUGGCCAGAUUAGAUGUAGGCUACUUGCUUAUGGGCAUUUCCAUCAAGAAGAACCCAUGAGCACCAUCAUGUGAAGUUCAUAGGAGCAUGUGAAAUGAAAGCGAAGUCUAUAUUUUUGGGAAAUAUACAUUUUUCAAAAAUGUUUAAUCUAAAAUAUUAGGCAUAAGUAAAGGCAGAUGGAAAUGGGGUCUUUAUACAUUUACAUUUUAGUAAUUUAGCAGACGCUCUUAUCCAGAGCGACUUACAGUUAGUGAGUGUAUACAUUUUUCAUACUCUUAGAAAACAUCUACCAGAAAAAGUCUUAAAAGGUAUCAGAAAUACAUCAAAACACAAUGUUGACGUAAAAACACUGCCAACUAAUAUCAACACUUAUUUAGUUUUGGAGAAAUGGUUUACCUUCAAGUUUGAUGAAAUAUUGCCUUGUAAUUCCGUUACCAAAAACACACAUCUUUAAGACAUUUUGUAAUUUCGGAUAAUGAAAGUUCACAGAAGUAACCAGUAAUGGUAAACCUACCAAUUUAGUAUUUUACCGAUAUCAAUUUUGUUAAUGAAUUAAGUGAUUAAAACUCGUAAUUCCAUUACGGAAUUGGUAAAGGAAUUACCAAAAAAUAUGUAACGUAAUUACUGUAACUGAAAUGGCUUCAAUGGAAAAUCAUAAUAGUCAAACAGUUGGAUCACAUGCUACUGUCCUCCCUUCCACUGGCAUACUGUUAUGUUCAGCUUAUAACGGUUGUCUUUCUCUUUGUAAUUUGGUGGUCAAACCAAGAGUGAUAAAACAGUCUGACUCUGGACAACCCCUGCCUCUCCCUUUUUCCUCGCUCUCUGCCCUUUUCUCUCACUCUCCAGUUAAUGUCACCUCUCCCUGGCUCUUACUGACACCUACCCAUGAGCCCCCUGUAACCAGCAUCCUAACCCACUGAGCACCGACCAACACCGGAUGUCCAUGGAUGUUGAAAAGUAGUUAAUUUGGUCAGUCCACCCUUACGUUGAUGGUAACGUCCACAGACUGACUGGACCAAAUCUGAACCUAUCAUAGACAUAUGUUUCACAAGAUUGGAUAGUACAGUACAGUGAGUAGAGCACACAAUACAGUACAGUCCAUUACUGUAGUACAGUAGAGUAUUGUACUGUACUCUACUGAACUAUAUUGCACUGUACUGAACCCUACCCUACUCUGCUUUGCUGUAUUGUACUCUACUGUGCUCUGCUGCACUGUGAUGUCCAAACUUGUUAAACAUGAGAAUCAGGGGUCGCGUUAAUAGUUCAGAAAUCAUCAUUUUCAAAAGGCAGACCAUCAACAAAAUCUGUGUUUUUAAACCAUACCACUUGCAUUUUAUAUUGACAGUCAAGUGUUUUGCUUCAAUACAGUACUCAGGGGCGUGCAACUAUAGUUUUCCUUCACAGAAAAUACAUUAGUGCAACACAUUCGGCAGAAAAUAGCUUAAUUUUCAUCAGAUGACAAAAGAAGUGCAAAGCUAUUUGGCUAGCAGCCACACAAGUAAAUGAGCGUACAAUAAAAAACGAUGCAUGGCCAUUUCUAAUGUUUAUCAUAGAAAGAAUGUAGCCAGCUACAUUUCCUAAUGUUUUGCUUGAAGUUAAUCUGACAUUUUACUGGAGAAAAGUAGGCUACACCGAGAAAAGUACCAGAGAAAAGUAGCUACACAUUAGUCAGCACUGUCUGUUGAUAGAAUACCCAUUUGUGAAUUCUCAUCUGAGUGGAGAAGUGCAACUGAAGCACAAAAUUAGUCUGAUGCCAAGCAGAACUUACAAUAUGAAGCAUUUUAGAUCAGCGUUUACAAAAUGCAGCAAGAUGACGCAUAAGAAAUAGGCGUAUCUUUUUUAGCGCAACCCCUGAGAAUGACAUUCAUAUCCAUAAUUAUGCAUUUCUGGGUAUUACAGAUCAGGGACCCAUGAUGUAAUUCCGUUACCGGGUCUGGGUGUAAAUCCACUUCACUUACAGACAUCUUUGAAUCUUAAUUCGGAGCAGAUCGUUUUUGGGAAAUGUGGUUGCAUAAAAUCCUGAGAGAGAUUUUACCGAAAUUCCGUUACCAAAGUUUGCAUCUGCAUCUAUCCACUAAAUUAGUUUUUGUAACAUUUUCAGUGGAAAUUGUUAAAAGUAGUCCUUGUGCAUAGAGUUAUGGUUUAUAAAACUUUUAAAUCAAUGGUUUUUGUUUGGCAUACAUUUUAAAGUGGAAAAAACGGAAUCAAAGCGUAAAUCCGUUACCGUGGAAUUGCCCUUAUGUAACUGCUAGGGAAACAAUUAAUUUUGAACCGCACACAUCCCCUCCCAUUUAAAUAGAUUGAAAGUUUGAAUGUAGGCCUAAUUGCAGUAAUUGAGUACAAGCAUCCCAAACCUCGUGUUUAAUAUUAUGCCCUCCAAAAAUUGAGCUCAGGUGCAUCCUGUUUCCAUUGAUCAUCCUUGAUGUUUCUACAACUUGAUUGGAGUCCACCUGUGGUAAAUUCAAUUGAUUGGACGUGAUUUGGAAAGGCACACACCUGUCUAUAUAAGGUCCCACAGUUGACAGUGGAUGUCAGAGCAAAAACCAAGCCAUGAGGUCGAAGGAAUUGUCCGUAGAGCUCCGUGACAGGAUUGUGUCGAGGCACAGAUCUGGGGAAGGGUACCAAAAAAUGUCUGCAGCAUUGAAAGUCCCCAAGAACACAGUGGUCUCCAUCAUUCUUAAAUGGAAGAAGUUUGGAAAGACCAAGACUCUUCCUAGAGCUGGCCGCCCGACCAAACUGACUGGGAGACUAGUCAGGAUCGAGGGAAAGAUGAAUGGAGCAAAGUACAGAUAGAUCCUUGAUGAAAACCUGCUCAGGACCUCAGACUGGGGCGAAGGUUCACCUUCCAACAGGACAACGACCCUAAGCACACAGCCAAGACAACGCAGGAGUGGCUUCGGGGCAAGUCUCUGAAUGUCCUUGAGUGGCCCAGCCAGUGCCCAGACUUGAACCCGAUCGAUCAUCUCUGGAGAGACCUGAAAUUAGCUGUGUAGCGACGCUCCCCAUCCACCUGACAGCGCUUGAGAGGAUCUGCAGAGAAGAAUGGGAGAAACUCCACAAAUACAGGUGUGCCAAGCUUGUAGCGUCAUACCCAAGAAGACUCGAGGCUGUAAUCGCUGCCAAAGGUGCUUCAGCAAAGUACUGAGUAAAGGGUCUGAAUACUUAUGUUUUUGCUUUGUCAUUAUGGGGUAUUGUGUGUAGAUUGAUGAGGGAAAAAAAAGAAUUUAAUCCAUUUUAGAAUAAGGCUGUAAUGUAACAAUGUAGAAAAAGUCAAGGGGUCUGAAUAUUUUCUGAAUGCACUGUAUGUCACGCCCUCUGCAUCCAUUUUGCUGUCACGUGUUCAGAGUUUGUUAUAACCCAUUUAUUGAUGUGAUUAUGAUAUGCUGUAGGUCAGGCCCCAUUGGUCACGUGCAUGCAAUGCAUACAUGUGUCGCAUAAAGAGAGCAAGUCAAGGGUUGAGGGAAUAGGGAAUGUGUUUCCUUAACAUAAUGAGGUAUUUCGUUAACAGAACUUUUCAGUCAGAAAUGGCUGUAAUUAUGUUGCAGCUUCAGCAACACGGACAGCGCGAUAAACACUUGAAGUUCUGUAGUGGUCGCUGCAGCAGGGAGGAGAGCGGGACACCGGGUGCUAGUCACACAGUCGCUCGCUGUCAUUUAUUUUUAACACAGCGCAGCAAGUCUGAGCACAAUCAAAUCAAUUAAGGUUGGAUUCCCUCUAGUCAUUUGUGUAUCUUAAUUAUUUAAUCAAACAGUGCGCUUAAAGCAUCAGACAAGCUCAGUGCAUAUAGUUGAUUUGAUUAUCACACAUAGGAUGUUUCUAUAUAUGGAAAAAUACACAUUUAAACAUUUUUACAAAUCGAUUGGUCGAAAGAACAGACGACUCUGUCUACCAAAAUUUUUUUUAGUUGGGGACAGCCCUAAAGUACACAAAGGUAGAAAUAUGCAAUAUCUUUCUUUUGCAUAUUUGGGUAUUUUUCUACACACUGGUUAUUAUUGUAAUGAGCUACGCCCCCAAACAAGACCUAAUUUGGUUGUUCCGGACUAGACCAAAUCUGAAACAAUCAUAGACGUAUAUGUUUCACAAGUUUGGACAUCACAGUAGAGUUCAGUACAGUACAGGGCCCAGACGCCAAAAGCAUCAAGGCUAAGUUCAUCGUUAGAACCUUCAUAAGAGCAUCUUUACAUUUCAGAGCCGUUUCCCAAACCGUCUUUAUUAACAUUGCACUUGCUUGACUGCUGUUUGACAAAUACAAAUAUUCUCUUAUCCAUAAUAAUCUCAUCAUGUAGACUAACCUACCCACACAUCCUAUCCACACUGUAUCUGCGAGCUAUUGGCUCGAGCGCAGGUGCCAAGACCAGAGUAGGCACAUAUUUAACGCAACAGUUUGUGACAAAACUAUAAUUAGAGUUGAAAAUACGAAGGAAACACAUUGAACUUUAGAUUUUUAUUCGGUGCAUUUUGUGUGCACUACGUCAUCACGCACUGAUUGUUGGCUGAAACACCACUGGUGGGUAAAUGCGCAUAUUUUCUUCUGUCGCCAGUUGGAUGGAAACCUAGCUAUUGAUCCAUUGUUUUGUUGGUGGUUCGGUCCAAUAGAGUUAGCAUAUGAUAAAUCUUGUCCUGUAUUUGCGCUUGAUGCACUCACUAAUGCAGCAUAGGGACACAUUUACCCAAGGCCAUCUAUCUCUGUAUAGCUCUGUCAUCUCUCUGUGACAUAGGGAUUAUUUUAGGAGGUGCUUUGGUAGGAAACAUAGUGUACUGCAUAUGAUAUCUCAGCCUAGAAACGAGCUAAACUAGGCCUAUGUAGUGGUAGUUGAACCUCUUGACCUAUAGUAUCUGGAGAAUGUUCAGUAGGGUCGGCAGUUUUAAGAUUUUGGUUGAGCUGAAGUUGUCAUGGUGUAUAGGGGUUCUUCUGGGGUUAAAAAAUAUAUUCUGCCAUGGUAACAACUGAGCCACCCCUGAAACUUUUAUAGGCUUAUUCAGAUUUGUUCAUUUUUGGGUUAAUGGUAGCGUUGAAUUUAGGCUAGGCCUGCUUCAUUGGAAGUGAGUGAUCAUAUAGGCUAUGUCUGGUUUGCUUUGCUUUGCUUUGCAUGGCCCACAUCUCUACACCUCCUUCUGGAAUUUCAUUUUGAAGAACACUCAGUCAAAUAGAGAAAACAAGGCUGUUGUUAGACAGGCAGCGCAAUUCAGAUUUUUUUCCCAUUAAUUGGUCUUUUGACCAAUUCAGAUCAGGUCUGAAAAAGAUCUGAUGUGAAAAGAUCUGUGAUUGGUCAAAAUACCAAUUAGUGUAAAAAAAUAUCAGAAUUGUGCUUCCUGUGUCAACGCAGCCCAAGAGAUGUUGAAAUGUGUGUCAGUUUCAACCCAAGAGUCAGUUCUGAUCCCAAAUCAUAGGGUAGGGUUUGAUAAACACAGUCAUGGAGUUUCUGCUGCCACCUUCACUUGUAGCUGCCUUAUUAAAACAUUAUUUGUCUCACUUUCUCUUUUAAUGAAUAAAGCUGUAGGGAAGUUGAGCAUUAAUAUUGUAAACAAGGCUUGUUUUUUUCCCUUUGUUUUUAGGGCCUUGUGCACUCUAGUUACCUAUGGUGAUUUUGUGUUUUAGGCUGUGGGAGCUCCUUUGAUCUUUUGCAACACUUAAUUUAAUCUUUCUUCUUUGAAUGUUCAGGAUCGAAUUGUUUUAAAUUGAUGUCCUAAAUGUACCUAUAUAGGCCUAAAUGAGAAACAUCUUGAAUUAGCAUGAAAUCUUUGAGGAAUAUAAGACAAACAAAAAACAAGUUUAGAGUUUAGUUUUUAUAGUUUCUAAAUCCUCUCAUUUUUCUCUUCUCAGGUUUGGACCCUAUGGAAUUCCAAUCACUGUGUUCCCAAAGAGAGAAUACAAGGAUAAACCUGAAUCUAUGCAGCUAAAGACAGAACCAUUCCAACCAGAGAAGGUGGAAAAGCCAGUCCAGGAAAACCCUGACAGCCAAGUCGUCGCAAUCCCCGAACCAAACCCUGACCCCCAGCCUGAGCCUAACCCAUGGACUUCAAAACCUCCGCCGCUGUUUCAGGAGGGAGCCCCUUACCCUCCGCCAUUGUUCAUCAGGGACACCUACAACCAGUCGUUACCUCAGCCGCCCCCCCGCAAGAUCAAGCGGCCCAAGCGCAGGCUGUACCGCGAGGAGCCCACCUCUAUCAUGAACGCCAUCAAGUUGCGGCCCCGCCAGGUGCUCUGUGACAAGUGCAAGGGGGCUGUCACGACCGUGGACAAGAGGGAGCCACGCAGAGGCCCUGGGUCGGACUCUAGGGGCGAGGACGCCAAGCGGAGACGCAACGACAGUGCAGCUACUGUCGGCAAGCGGCCACGUAAUGACCCUCGCUCUGAGGAGAAGUGCCGUGCUGCUGAGGCAUCCAAACGGCAGGCCUCAGGGAUACAAGUCUCCUCUUCCUCUUCUCUGGGCCAGGUGAAGGGCGGAGCUGGAGGGAACAGGGUUCUGAGGGCAACCUCCACCACAACAUCACCACCGGCCAACAGCAGCUCCAGAGUCCAGCUCAAUGCCAAGAAAGUGCUGCAGAGCAAAAACGUUGAUCACUCCAAGGCACGGGAGGUGCUGAAACUGGCCAAGGCGCAGAAGAGGCAGCGAGAGACUACAGUGGUCACUGGCAGCAGUGGCAACGCCAAAACCAUGACGAGGGCCGCUGCCCUGCAGGAGGCCCACGCCCACCAGAAGGUCCACUUCACCCGGCGGCUGCAGCAGAUCAGCGGGGUGGGACCAAGCAACGCCACCCCUCUCCCACCCAGGAUGCGCAUCAAGCCCCAAAGGUACCGUAAUGAAGAGAAUGACUCUUUUACAUGUAAGCAGCUUUGCCUCGAGAAAGUGCCGGGAAAUGGCCGUUUGUCCCCUCCAAAGCCAUGCGCGCCCCGCUGUACCUCCACACGCUCCUCCUCCUCCUCCUGCUCCACAGGCGAGGCCACUGCUGCUGAAAACCAGGGCCCAGAUAAAGGGCCAGAACCUGAGCUCAGUCCUCAGCCCCAAUCCCAGCCCCAAGUGGAACCCCCCACAGCCAAGGAGCACAGCGACCCCAAGGCGGAGCCAGAGGAGCAGGGGGGGCAGGAGGGGAGGCGGGAGACGCGCGGCAGCAAGGCUGGCAACCUUGUGGUGUACAUGACCCUUAACCCCAGCCAGCCUGACUCCGCUAAUACCUCCAUGUGCAGCGUUGAUAGUGCAGACGACUUAAAGUCCUCAAACUCAGAGUGUAGCUCUACCGAGACCUUUGACUUUCCCCCUCCCGGUGAUUUGCACUCGCCCCCCGCCCCUGGCACGUCCUCAGCAGUCACUGACACCUCGCCUGCACCUACGGAAGAGAAAAAGCCCCAUAAAUCUCAGAAAGUGUUUUCCAAAAAUGUGUCUAAGUGUGUCUCUCUGGACGGCAGGAGCAUUUGCGUAGGGGACAUCGUUUGGGCCAAAAUAUAUGGUUUCCCUUGGUGGCCAGCCCGCGUCUUAGGCAUCCAGGUCAGCCGCAAAGAUAAUGGGCUCUUAGUCAGGCAGGAGGCCCGUGUCGCCUGGUUCGGUUCACCCACCACCUCCUUCCUGGCACUUGCACAGGUCGCCCCCUUUCUAGAAAGCUUUCAGUCACGCUUCGACAAGAAGAGAAAGGGCUUGUACCGUAAAGCCAUCACAGAGGCAGCCAAGGCUGCCAAGCAGCUCACUCCCGAGGUUCGCGCCUUGCUUACGCAAUUCGAGACGUGA